UAUUUUCGACCCUGAAGAGAUCACAUAUUUACCACCAAGAGCUGCGCGACCUUGUCAUUUAGUGCAGAGAGAAAGACCGAGCACUCAGGAGGAAGAGUCCCUAUCUACAGGGCGAAGCAGGACGACCUGAAUCUAGCCCGAAAAAGCAACAGAACGGUACAGAAGGACAGAGAGGCUCGUGCUCAGAGGAGGAGCUGCUGUCCCAGGGCUGGCCCCUGCUCUGCAGCAGCUCCGUGCACAGGCGUGUGCGAGUGUGUUUCUGUGCAUGCGAGGACGUGAUGAGAGCACGGGGAGAGGCUGAGGCUUGGGGAGGAGCGAGCGGAAUCGGCCGAGGACUCUUGGGUCUCGGUGAGGCGCAGGCAGCCUGCUGGAGCACAGGACUUGAUUAAACGGGACAAAUCCCACACACUCGCUGGUAGAGUGUCUUUUCCCUCCAACAAGGCAAAGUGAGGAGGCAACUUUGGUCAUUUGUUUUUAUAUCUCUAUCUCCUGAGCAGCUGCGUAAAGGACCAGCAUCACCAGCGCCAUGAGUCGAUGGCUUAAAUGCACCUCCGUGUACUUUAACACCGACUGGAAUAAGUAUGACGACAGGCUGAUGAAGGCGGUAGAAAGAGGAGAGGUGGACAAGGUGUCAGCUGUCCUCAGUAAGAAAGGCAUCAUCCCCACCAAACUAGACGUGGAGGGCCGCUCUGCUUUUCAUCUUGCUGCCACCAGAGGACAUUUGGACUGCCUUAGUGUCAUCCUCGGUCAUGGUGUUGAUGUCACAGCCAAUGAUGCCACAGGAAAAAACGCCUUACACCUAGCAGCCCGGAAUAAACAGUCAUUGUGCGUGCAGAAGCUCCUACAGCAUAACUGCCCUGUUGGAAAUGUGGACCUGCAGGGACGAACAGCCCUGCAUGAUGCAGUCAUGGCCGGCUGCUCCUCCAGUGUUAAGCUGUUGUGUGACAGUGGGGCUUCGGUCAACGCUAGUGACUUUGAUGGGAGAACUCCAUUGGUGCUGGCCACUCAGAUGUGUCAUCCCCAUAUCUGUCAGCUCCUGCUGGACCGAGGGGCCGACAUCCGGGUGCGCGACAAGCAGAACAAAACCGCCCUGAUCCUGGGAUGUACAUUUGCCUGUAAGGACGCUGUAGAGGUUUUGUUGAAGCGUGGAGCUGAUGUCACCGCUGUGGACAGCUUCGGCCAUGACAGCUAUCACUAUGCCCUACUCAGCAAAAACCAGGAGCUCAUCAGCCUUGUUAAGAGCUAUCUGGAUAAUGCGAAAGCAAAAGAAGCUAGCAGAGUGGAACUGAAGAAGAGACAGCUGUCUGUGGAUGUGGCCCCUGAGGCAUCAUCUAACAGGGAUCAGAUUAUUCACGAGCUUGAGAAGCAGAAUGAGAGCCAACAGGAGACUCUGAGGAAGUAUCAUCAGGAACAGAGGGCUCUACUGGACAGAGUCAGUACACUGCAGCAGCAGCUCAGUCAGGAGAAGUCGACGGUGGAGGACAUUCACCAAGAGAGGGAGCAACUGAAGCGCAUACUGUCUGCCAGAGAGAAAGACACUACAGCUGCAGAGACCGUGAAGGUUCAGCUCCGGAGCCAUCUGGGAGAUUACUCGGGCCAGUCUGUGAUUAAAGCAGGGAAAGAAUCUGUUCUCGUCAGACAAGCUCAAAGUCUGGAUUCAGCUCAGAUUUUGCAGCCUUCUGUUCCAUCACGUUCUGUAUCUCGGCCCUUAGAGCUCUCUCACCCAGUAAUCGCAAACCCUAACGAGGUUGAGACGUUACGUCAGGAGCUAAGGUCCACUCGUAAGCAGCAGGAGGCUGCUCAGGAAGAAAUAGGACGCCUCCAGGCAGCACUCGCACGAAAGACCAAGGAGUGUGAAGAACUGGUUCAGAGUCAUGACUCCACCAAGCGAGAAGCAGAUCGGCAGAUUCAGGAGCUUGAGGGGGCAUUGGGAGACGUCCAAAGGAGGAUGCUGGACUCUGAAGCUAAGGUUAAGCAGCUGCAGGCACAUGUGAUCACAGUAAAGGAGCAUCUUGGCAACCAAAUGUUAGAUGAUCUGAAAGCUCAGCUCAACGAGGUCAAGGUUAAAUAUGAAGGUGCGUCAGCUGAGGUCGGCCGGGUCAGGAAUCAUUUGAAGCAGAGUGAGAAAGCUCUGGAGGAGUAUAAAAAGAGUGAAGGUCUCUUGGCUGAAGAGGUCGAGAAGCUGACAGCUGAUCUGAAUGCAGCGAGAGAAGAGCGUGAUGAGAUCGCUGAGACCCUCCAAGAAAUGGAGGCUCGUGUUAAAGAAACAGAGAAACGUCUGGUCACCAUGGUGCCUGGAGAGAAGUUCGACAACAUGAAGAACCUUCUGACUAAUGCGGUGGAUGAAAAGGAGAGACAGCUGGUGGAACUGCGGGAGGAUUACGAUCGUGUUCUGGAGGAGGUGGCUGAGCUCCACAGGGAAGUGGACCACCGGGACACUGUUCCACUUCAGGAGCAUGAGAGACUCAGGAUGGCUCUGGAGGAACAGAGUGAUAUCCUGAAGAAAAAACUGGCAGAUGUCACUUCGAAAUGUCAGUCGCUGAUCUGUGAGGUCGAGGAUGGCGAAGAUGAGAGGGAACUACUCCGAGAAGAGCUGCACGAGCUCAGCAAGAACCUCCAGACAGAGUUUGUUCCUGUUGAGACUCACGAGGAGUUGAAGAAGGCUCUGAAUUGUGCUAUGGAGGAGCUUAAGGAGCAGCUUGAUGAGACAACUGCGAGGAGAAAUCAUGCUGAGGAGCAGCUGAGGAGGCUCCAGGAGGAGAAGGCCUCUCUGGCUGAAAACAUGAGCAGCCUGAAGAGCACUCACAUGCCCAAUGAAAGGUAUGAAAGUGAGGUGGCUGCACUUUCGGCCCAUAAAGCAGCGACGGAAAAGGAUCUAGAGAAUCUCCAGAUUAAGUACAAAGAUAAAGAGAAGGAGUUUGAGGUUGUGGCAGCUGAGAACAUUACUUUGAAACAGAGCAUGGAGGGAGAGUUUGUUAAAAGAGAAGUGUAUGAGAGAGUGCAGAAAGAGUUGCAUGAAGCUUUGGUGAAAGCCAAGGAUGAAAUUUACAAAUUGGAGGUAGAUGGAAAAGUCAAAGAGGACGAGUUGAAGAAGGUAAAAGAUGGAAGCGCUAUGUUAAAAGAAAAUCUGCAGGAGAAAUUAGAAAAGGACUAUAUCAGUAUUGUUGACCAUGAGGCAAUAAAAAGUCAGCUAAACAGUGCUUUAGCUGAAGCAGAAAGAAGUGCUAAAGAGGCCUUCUCCAAAUAUGAGUCUCUUCAAGAAGGUACUUUAAAACUUCACAAAGAAAUCGAAGCCCAGAAGAAAGAGCUGGACACUAUUCAUGAAGCCAUUCAAUCAAAAUUUGUGCCAGUGAGUGCCCUGGAGGAAAAAGAAAAGGCUUUCAGUACCACUGUGAAGGAUCUAAGAGAGGCGCUAGCAAAAAUGGAGGAGAAAUACAAAAGUGCAAAGACUGAUGUGGAACAUGAGAGGCAAGACAAAGAAACUGUGAAAUUAGAGAUGGAAUCUGUACGAAAGAAAUUGGAGGCUAACUUGGUCUCCAGUGAAAAAUACAGAGAAAUUGAAGAUGGGUAUAAAGGCCAGAUGGAGAACUUGAGUCUAAAGUUAGUGGAACUGGAGCAGCAGUACAUGGAGGUAACUGUUCAGAGAGCUGAACUGGAGGAGCAGAACUCGCUCUGCAAUACUGAAAUGAAGAACCUCCAACAGCGUCUAGAAAACGAGUACGUUCAUCUGGAGCAGUUUGAAGCCAUGAGGAACUCUCUGACCUGCAGUUUGCAGGAUGCACAGGCCGAGUGCAGGCGCCUCAGUGAGGCCUACAAUUUGGAGGUUCAGCGCAUCCACGACAUGGAGAAAGAGCUGCAGAGCCAAAGAACUGAUGUUGAUCUACUGGCUCAACACAGCCAUGCCAGAGAGGCCCUGGAGCAACAAGUGGCCAAGCUCCGUUUGGCCCUGAGGGAAGAAGAGGAGACCAGCGCCCAGAGGGCUGAGGACAUAGCCACUCUGCAGACAGAACUUCUCAGAGCAACGCAUGCCUUGGAUGAUCUUCGCAGCCACGAAGGUCAGUUGGCCAAGCUCAAAGCUGAGAAGCAGAGGCUGGAGGAGGAGGUAGGGGAGCUCGGUGAUCGGCUCUUGGGUCUAGAAGAGCAGUGCGAGGAGCUAUACCAGGAAGCAGCCCAGGCCAAAGAAGGUGAGAAUAGAGCAAUGAUUGAGGCUGAGGCCCUUCAGACCAAGAGCGCCUCAAUUGAGAAAGAGAUCCAAGAUCUAAAAGAAAGAUACGAUGACUCGCUUAGCACCAUCGGAGACCUCCAGAAAAGGAUUCAGACUUCCUCAGAACAGACUGAGGCCAAAGACAAAAGGAUCACAGAGCUGUUGGCAGAUGUGGAGAGGUUGAAACAGGCUCUCAAUGGCCUGUCUCAGCUGGCUUACACUGGCAAUACUCCCAACAAGAGACAUGCUCAACACAUUGACACACUCCAGGCGCAGGUCAAGAGCCUCCAGCAGCAGCUGGCUGAUGCUGAGAGGCAACACCGAGAGGUGGUUUCAAUUUAUCGAACUCAUCUUCUCAGUGCUGCACAGGGUCACAUGGAUGAAGACGUUCAGGCAGCGUUGCUGCAGAUUAUCCGAAUGAGGCAGCAGUUUGUGUGUUAAACCCAGCCUAAAGACACUCUCUGACUCAAAUCCACAAUCCACUGAAGGUGUGCAGUUAGAAAACAGGAUCAGUCAAAAGCAUCAAAGAUAGUAGAAAUGUCACUAAUCACAGACCAGGAUAGGUAUCAUAGGCCUUAUCAUAGUAUUUGCAUUUGCAGUACUGUUUGUAAGAACUUCAAUACUUUACUCCUGCGUACUAUAACGUUGAAGCGGUGAAUAGGGGGGAAAAAGGUAUUAAUCUGUAAGUUUGCUCGUCACUGGGGUGGUGCGCUUUUUUUAAAUUUUUUUUUUAUAAUUUUUUUUUUUAUAAAUCUCAACUGGAAGGCUGUAUUAAGUGUACCCUUAAAAUUCUAUCUCUAAAAGGUAAUUAAAGGUACAACUGUGGUCCUUAAUGUGCAUCUUUAUAUUUUAAGUCAUUUUUAAACGUAUCGUACGUUCACGUUACCACGUAAAAGAUAAAUACACUGGUACAAAAGAUGUAGAAGAAAAAAACGACUUGGAGUUGAAGAGUUUACUACCAUUUUUGAUGGUUAUAAAUGUAAUGUUUACGAGAUGUCUAGCAGGAAUAAUUGAGUGGUUUGAUAUUUGGUGUUGUAGUUUUGCUUUGGAAACGCAAUGGAAAGGCCUGGAACGCCCUACUUCCUGCAACGUGUGUCCCUCAAGCUGCAGUGCAUUGUGGGAUUUCCUAUUCUAUACGUUCAGAUUUAUAGCACUAACCGUUUCUUCUAUAUACACAUAGAGGGAGCUACAUUUUUAGAUAUCUUCAUAUAGAACUGGUCAGGGAGCAGGUCUCCUACACCCCCCCCCCCCCCCCCCCUUUUUUUUUUUUUUUUUUUGGUCAGGCACGAAAUGUCAGAUCCAAAUGAUUUGAUACUCAAGAGCAGCCUUAAUUUAGAUUUGCCUUGAUCAUGUUUAGCUCACUGAUGAUGUGGUAGCCAGCUGUGCUUUAAUGGAUUUGAGUCAGUGAAUGUCAAUGGCGCUUGGUGAAACAGGACACAGCCUGGAUAUCUGCUUCUAUUGCCUGGAUGAUUCUGCCCUCUUGUGGUGUGACUUGGCUGGCCAAGUUUUGAUGACAUAAAUAGCUUUUUUGUGGUUCAUUUCACUGUAUAGCUGCAGAUGUGAUGCAUUUGCGAUUACUAUUUUUUUUUUUCUCUUGGUGCUUCCAAAAUCUGAUAUUUUUUAUCAGGGCUUUGUACUACUUUUGAUUAAUGGUCAAUAUGUUUAUGGUAAUACUAUUCAGCAGGACUGGACUAGAAUGACACUAUACCUAUUCAAGGUACUUUUUCAUUUUAUUAAUGUCUUUUGUUUCCCCUUCUGAAAUAGUACAGUGCAUUUAGAAGCCACUAGCUGACCUUUUAGCUUUAGCACUGACAUAAACAAUACAUAAUGACAGCAAGUUUAUUAGCACACAGUGACUGCGCUCCUAUGCUAAUUGGCUAUGCUUCUGAUGAUAAUUUAUUGCAUUAAAUAGGGCUACUGAUUUUUACUAACUUAUAUGAACUAUGCCAGAUCAUACAGGAUAAGCCUAAUCAUUUAAAUUCUGCUAGUUGAUCUUGAGGUAGUUUUGCUUUUUUUUUUUUCUCCUCAAAACUAUAUUCUUUCUUGCUUUUUUUUUUGUUUUGUUUUAAACAAUAGUGAACUCUAACAUCAAUAAAUGUGCCUGCUUUUGACUAAAAUGUCUGUCUGUUAAUUCAGUGGGUUGCACAUCAGGAGAAGCCUAGAAAAUUAGAGGUAGGACUUUAUUAAUUUUUUUUCUUUCUUUUCUUUUUUUAAAAUCCCAUCCUUGCUGAGACCCACUUGACCCAAGCACACCUGUGUAUAAACUUAGUUGGCUCCAUUUCCCAAAAUGCAAAUAAAUGAGUCAUUGAAACCACCGUAAUGGUGAGGAAUAGUUACUGAGGAUGAAUGAAUGAAUGUUGUGAAUGUGUUGUGCUGUGCAAGCCACGAAAUAUUCUCCCAUGUCAACGCACAUCACCUUUAUUUGUCCCAUGGGCAGAGCCGAGUAUAUUUCAGUGUAGUGUGUAUUGUUUAAUGUGCGUAGUGGCAAUUAAUUUCAUUAUUGAUCGUUAUACACAUGCUGUCCUUGGUAAUGUUGAGGAAACUUAUCUGUGCAUGCUACCAAAGCUGUGCAAAGGCAAAGAUAUGUAGAAACCUGGAUCAUUCUGCCUGAUUUUUUUUUUUUCUUCCUCCCCCCACUCCUCAGUUGUCCAAUUUUGAUCAUGCCCAAAGGAAAUUACCAGCAUUUGGUAUGAGGUCUGCUUUAUACUCCAUUUUGACCUGUAUCUUUCUUUGACGCGCUGAGCCGCAAACAAUGUUUGUGUUUUGGAAGAUGCUAGAACUGACUAAUGUUGACCAAGUGCCGACUUUAAUCCGUGAUCAAAUCUACUAAGCCUUUCAGCGCUCCACUGAACCAAAACCGUUAUUAGACAUGCGUGCCUGCUUGAUUUUAUUCCACGUUUUGGAAUGUACACUUUGUGGGAUUGUACCUAAUAAACUGGCAACUUGUUAUA